AUGUUUGACUCCACCACGCUGACAAUUGACUUGAAGCAAUUGAUGAUGAGGCUAGAUAAUCCAAUAUGUUUGAAACUCGCUGCCCGUCGACUCUCUUCUCUAAUACAUAAACUCCUUUUAGGUCCACUUCGUUCAAGUAUCUGUACACUUUUCCCUCUAGAAUUGUGAAUAGCGGUGAAAACAUAUUGUACAACCUUUUUUACAUACAUAUAUACCAAUGUCGCCAACCAACAAGAAAUUCCCUUCACCCCGCACCCAAUGGUAACAGGAAGGAGCAGACCGACCCCGACCGGUAG